AUGCUCACAAAAACGGAAGUUGACCGAUCCUUGCUCAAGGACAAGCUGUACAACUAUGACCAGAUGAAGCGAGAGCGCCUUCAGGAGUUUAUUAACCGGGUCAAGGACGAAUUGUUGACCUGGAAAAAAAGUGCUGUCGACCAAACAGUGUCGACGACGACGAUGACUGUGAAGGGCAUCAUAGCCAAGGCGGAGCGUCACGAAGCCCUGUGGUUGCGAUCUCUCGAGCUGGAGAAGCUUGCCGCGGACCCAGCUCGACUGAUGAACCGCGGAGGGCGCCUCCUUCAUGAAACCAAGGAGAGGCAGCGGCUGCAGAUCGAGCUCCCGAGGCUCAGACAAGAAAUUGAAAAAUACAUUGCUACCAACAGCGGCAGGAGCGAUACAUUCGCGCGGUGGGGUAGAGACUUGCUCAGCCACCUGGAUUCCCAGCAGCGCAAGCAUGCUGAAGAAAAAGAGCGCGAACGCCUCGAAAGGGAGAGCCGUCGCAAAGCCACUCCCACAAAGUCGAGCAACGUGAAGAGGGCCCUCUGUGGGACACCUUCCGGCACUGCAUCCAGGAUUUCCCGGCUUGGAACAAGCAGUGCCACCCUCGGAUCCAGCAGGCGCGGAGCCACACCAGCCAGCAAGAACACCCUGGUGGCGCACGGUGGCACACCGGUCCGCGCUGGCGCUGCUGCCAUUGCAGCUGCGAAGAGCACCCGGCAGCGCUCACUGAAGGCCCAGAAGAAAAGUGUCAACAGCCGACAGCUGUUCAAAGGCAAAGGAGCCGACGAGGCAUCCACCAGCACAGCCGGACCUGUGGGUGGGCUCCCCUCCAUGGACAGCUUCGCAACUUCUAAUGCUACUUCUUAA